UAACACCAGUGAAGUGGAUAAAAGCGCACGGCUGGGUUCUUUUUGCGUUCUCUCUUGCGUUUUCUUCUAUAGUGUCUGAAUGAAACGGGGAGGCAGAUAAAUGGGGGAACAGGACGGCGCAGGUUCUGCUCUGGGAGUCGAUCUGUCAGCAUGAUCUUCUGAGUAAACACGUUUUGCCUUAACUUUUAUUUCUUCCCAAACUGGCGAGCUCCACACCACUCCUGUUCCAUCGCGGAGUUCUUUUUUCUCGGAACGAGGAGAGUUUGGUGUUUUUCCCCCUUCAGAGAAACUGGCUAAACUUUCUACGUUUAAAAAAAUAAAUAAAAAGAUCGGAUUGCAUUUUCCCCCUUCAAGCAUUUUGGAGGUGAUGUCAUCGUGCUGUGUUUUGGCAGGUAUUGUGCCGAGAGAGCGCAGGGAGGACCGCUGCAGCCAGGCGGUUUCCAGCGGCUAAGGAAAGAGGGGAAGUCCGGAAAAUCAGGUGCAAAGUGCGGCUGUCAUUUCCUCGCUGUGUCGCGGGUGGCUGAGUCCGCCACCCAGUCACAGCUGUUUCUAACCUCCCCAGCCAGCCCUACCUCCCUCGUCUUUAUAUUCCCCUUUUAAUCCAUUCCUAUUUUCAAUCAGCACUCUCCAUAUACCCCUCUGAGCUGGACCGCUCCGGGACCUCAUCACCCUCUCUCACGAACACCGUUGCCCGGUGUCACCUGAGCUACAGACCCGUUGAGCCAGCGUGGGGGCGCAGACAUGACCGAGGCCGUCUCGCAUUACCCUGCGCCCGCAGAGCCCCCUUCUCCAGGUUGCCGUUCGCUCCAUCUGCUAGUCCAGGUAACUCACCUUCAUCAGCUUCUGACCACGCACUGCUGGGACUAAACCUGCCUCUGAGACUAAACGUGUGGCAGUGCAAACACUACUUUAUUAUCUCACUAAGUAUAUAAUUAAUUUUGGAGCCCAGAAGCUUCAUAUUACGCUGAAACGUUACGCACUGGAUUACGCACGCUCCGCAUCUGUUCACGGAGCCAAACAUCACUCUGAGGGUCAGCAAGGUGGAUUGGUAUUGCCUAUCUGAGACGCGUGAGCGCGCUUUCACCUGUUCCUCUCCUUGUCGAGUACGCGCAGCGUCAGCGUUUUAAGUCCAAACCACUUGCUCCCCCGCCCAUCAAUCUCUCCCCCGGCCUGGACAGCUGUUUAAGGUUGCUCGGCGGUCAGUGUGGCACAGUUUUACCAACCUUAUACCCUACCUUGUCCGUGCCCACACAUUACCCACACCGGGGAAACCGGGGCACGCCAACGCCGAUGCCAACAGGAGUGGCUGCUAACUCUUUGACUCUGCACAACAUCCGCUGGAUUCAAAACACAGAGGGCAACUCUCCGGACUGUCGGACUGGCUCAGAACGAGCGAGGAGACUGUCUUUAGGCCAAGUUCCAUAGUGGAGGGGGGAAGCAAUGUGGUCCCUUCUUUCCACGUUGACCGUCUUAUGUAUCCAGAUGUUGCUGGUGAUGUGCAAUCCAUUGCAGCAGGUGCUUGGUGUGGAUGGAGUCAACUUCAGCGUGCAUGUGGAGAACCAGACACAGGUGCGAGACACCAUGAGUCGGAGACAUCAUCGAGUCUACCAACUCUACAGCCGCACCAGUGGCAAGCAUGUCCAGGUGCUGGGACGCAAGAUCAGUGCCAGAGGAGAAGACGGAGACAAAUAUGCCCAGCUUGUAGUGGAGGCAGAUACCUUUGGUAGCCAGGUGAGAAUACGGGGCAAAGAAACCAACUUCUACUUGUGCAUGAACCGCCGAGGCAAGCUGGUAGGAAAGAAGGCCAGUAACCGAAGUGCAGACUGCGUUUUUGUGGAAAAGGUUCUGGAAAACCACUACACAGCUCUGAUGUCAGCGCGCUAUGCAGACUGGUAUGUUGGCUUCACUAAAAGAGGGCGUCCUCGCCGAGGCCCCCAUACACUCCCCAACCAGCAAGAUGUACACUUCAUGAAACGCUUCCCACCUGGGGAGCAGCCUGACCUCACCACCCCCUUCCGCUUCACCACCGUCAGUAAGCGGGGCAAGAGAGUGCGCGCUACUGGGCCCCGCUAGUAGUGGCUAACGCUAGCACCCACUGACUUGUCAUCUUUGAGCCUGCCAAUGGCUAACCCAGUCAUCUCUUAUGUCACACAUGACUGAACAGCUCCCUUUGUUGGGACAAAUAUUGACCAGAAGCUUGAUGAAUCAUUCAUGGGGUUUAGCUUUAAGCAUCCUAAUUUGCCACUACAAACCCCUAGUUAGUGAUCAUUUCUAUCAGUUUCUCUUUUGUUCCCUUACUGGACCAAGUGGACGAUAACUCAUCCAAUGCUGGAAGCUCUUUGGACCUGGUCUGCUUCCCUUCAGAAGCCUGAAUUAGUGACAAAGAAUCAGAAGGCCAGCCAGAGUCCCAGGCUCUACAAAGGCUUUGACUCCCGAACCACAGAAACCACAAAGCCUUCAUGUUUCCUGUUUUGGAGUAGUUGGACAAUGUCAAGCAUGGGAUUACAACUGGACCAUACAGAGAGAACACAUGUGGGAGAAACUGAACAAGUGAGUGGGUGCUUAGCCUACAAAUAAAGGGACAGCAGGUGAAUACAGGAACAUAAUGAAGUGGACAGAGAGAUAGUGAUCUGCACAGAUGCAAUGGACAAAAAUGGACUGUUGACAUGUGAUGCACUUAUCUGUCUCACUGCUAAAAUGGUGGGAACCUGUGAGACUGUUGAUUGAAUGACAGGAUGCAUGAACUGAAGGAUGAAUGAGGGAACAUUAGAGUGAGUGACCAUGAAUAAAUGCCUGUUUGUAAUAAGAGGAUAGCUAGGAAAUGUAUGUUGUGUGUAUGUGUGUAUUUGUGUGUCCAUGAAGCUGAAUCAGGAGGGACUCUGGAAAGGGACCUGCAGUCCCUGGAUGAACCCAUGACAACUCACCGCAGGGACUGAAGCUUUAGGAACUGGAAUGUAUGAAAAUCAAGCUGCACCCAAAUCAGACAACCAAUUCCCGCAACCAAACCAGUGGCAACCAAAGACAACUGGAGAGCUACUUCAUGAUUCCUCCUCAUGCCAUGCCUCCCCCUGAGGACAUUACACCCCCAUUUAUUAGGUGCAGAGGGUGAUGAGUGCAGGGGCAAGCCCAACUGGGAGGGUGCCUUCUUUAAUAGCAUUGCUAUAGAAACGACCCAGGGGAUGAUGCUCCUGUGUGAUACCGUGGAUACAGAGUGCUGCUACCAGGACAUUCGGUGGAACAAACCAAAGUUUCAUGCAUACACACAAGAGAAAAAUAUUAAAGGGAACAAUUUAUUGAAAGGUAUAUAUAUAUAUAUAUAUAUAAUAUAUAUAUAUAUAUAUUAUAUAUAUAUACAUAAAAGAAGACCGAAACCCUAAAUAAGCAAUCUUACUAUGAUGGUUACUAUAAUUAUUACGAUAAAAUUAUUUCAUUUAUUUAUUUCAGCUCUGUGUGCAGCAGUCUUUCUCGACUCAGUAAACCUUACAGAAACAUUUCCUGUCUCCCAGCUUCUUUGAACUGCUUCAUCACCUGUUGUUUUCUUGCUGAUCUUGAAAGAGAUACAGAAUGCAGAUGCUUUGCUUUGGUCAGCUGAUUAUUGCAAGUUAUUGAUUCAGCAAAAUGCUAAAUGUUGGCAGGUUCCAGCUGUUGGAAUAUGAGCAUUUGGUUGCUUUACUCAUUUUAUAUCCUUGCUUAUUUAAUAUAUUUUGGUUUCAGACAGCUGGAAAAACAAAACAAGCAGUCUCCAGACACCACCUUGAUUUCUGGGAAAUUA